GCCUAAUUAAUGUAAAGUCCACGUGAGUUAAGAUCCGAGAGGAGGGAAAAUUACCGAUUGAACUCAACUAGGUUUAGAUCUCAAGAGUAGAAAUUAGUAAUGCAAAAAUUUUCAGGAAAAAAUCUUUCGAAGUUUAAGAUAACUCGUAUAUUUUUGAUAAUUCAUAAUUUGUAGGGUACUACUUUUUUCACUCUGUGCGUGAUGAUACUGGCGCCUAUGCAGCCAGUAGGCUCCGCGCUGGAAAGCGGGCGCGGAGGAAGCGGGUCGGGACCCGAGAGCGUUGGGGCGAAUCAAGAAGUUACAGAGACAGCCAUCAUGGACGCAGAAAGUGCAAAUCAGAAACGCAAGUUGGAUGACGAGGAGGAGGUGGAGGAAGGAGAAACGGUAGUCAAGAAAGUCAAGACAGAAAAUGAUGUAGGUGUUAAAUUCAUGCUUCAAGAGCGACUGACUCUGAUCGCGAGCAUCAAGAGACAGGCCCCUAAGAAGGACAACCAGUCCUACAAGUCCAGGGUCUCCAAGGUAGACUGGAACCAGGUCCAGUUUGGUAUCUACACUGCUGAGGAAUGCAAGAACGAAUGGAACAGCAUACAGGCAGAGAUCCGGAAGUACAAAACCCUGGCAGAUGUUGCCCUUGAGGCGGCAGCCUUGGUCCAAACUCCAAACUACAUCAUUAAGAAACUGGUGCAUCCAGACAUGCCCAAGAAGCCGUUGACACCGUUCUUCAUGUUCUACAAGGAGAAGAACAAGAAGAUGAAGGAGAAGCAUUCCACCAUGUCUCAGGUCCAGAUCACGCAGAUGCUCUCCAUCAAAUUCAAAGAGUUACAAGAGAAGAAGAGGGUAAGUGGUAAAAGGAAUAAAUAUUUCCAGCGGUAUGAGAUCGAGACAAGGGCAUAUGAGCAAGCCAUGGAGAAGUUUUAUGAUGACCAUCCUGACUACAAAGCCCAGUUGAAGGCAUGCAGAGGGGCAUCCAAGCCCCCUCCACUCCCUACCCCAUACAAGCUCUACUCUGAGAAGAGACACGCACAGCUGCUCACUGAAAAUCCACAGAUAACCAAAGGAGAAGCCGAGUCUAAGAUGAGGCAGGAAUGGAAUCCAUUAUCAGAACGCAAGAGGAUGAAAUGGAUCCUUGCCUCCAUUGCAGAGAAACCAAACUAUGAUAAAAAAAUGGUGACAUUCAUAGAGAACCAUCCAGCCUUCAAGGUCCCUACCAAUCAGAAACCUCUCCUCACCAAGAAAGAGCAUUUUAUCAAAGAGCAUCAGGAGGGGAGACCAUCAAAACCGCCCAUGACUGCAUACAGUUUAUUCUGCUCUGAGAUGCUCAAGCAAAUGGAAGACGUCUCACCCAAGGAGAAAAUGUUGCAGUGUAGUACGAGAUGGAGUCAGCUGAGUGACAAGGGCAAGGCAGAGUACAAGAUGAAGGCUGCUAGGAUGAAGGAGCAUUAUGAACGAGAACUUGAGAAAUACAUAGAGAAACUACCACCAGGUGAAAAAGAGAAAAUCAUUGCAGAGCUGAACAGCAUCCGUAGAAUCCCUGGCUCUAAGAAGACAGCAACAGAGAAAGCAUCCAAGGUCCCUGCAAGUGCUUUGAAGUUUGAGCUGAACCUGAACGGCAAGACGACGGGGAAAGACUUGUGGAUCGCUGAAAAACUACCAGCCUACACCAAAGAAAUGUCCAAGACGAAAGCUCUUGCUCAGCUGAGGGCCCAGUGGGACACACUAGACAAGGGUAUGAAGUCAACCUGGAUCAAGCAAUCAACAACACUCAACAAACAGAUUGAGCAAAAUGACAGACUUCGACAGCUAUGGUUGAAUGCACCAAAGAAGCCCUUUGAGAGCGCGUACAGAUACUUCUCAUGCGCUAUGCUGAAGACGCCGGAGUUGAAGAACGUCGACCAGAAGGAGAGGUUCAAGGAGGUUGCCAAGAGAUGGAAGACCAUCAGUGCGAUGGAGAAGAAGAAGUAUGAAGCGAAGAAGGAGAAGGCCAUCAAGGAAUAUAAGAAACUUCUGGAGAAGUACAAGAAGACUCUGAGUGAAGACGACAGAGCCAGGUUUAUCGAGAUGGAAACCAAGCCGGCCAUGAGACAGAAAAUACUCAAGAAAACACCAAGGGCUGCUCCAACAAAGAAGGUUGUGAAGGUGGAAGAAGUCAGCAGUGAGGAAUCGGAUGACGAGGAGGAGGAAGAGUCGGAUUCCGAAUCAGAGGAGGAGGAGGAGACUGAUGAUGAUGACAACGACGAGGAAGAGGAGGAUGACGACGAUGACGAUGAAGAGGAGGAGGAAGAGGAGGAUGGAGAGAACGCACAGAACGCCAACGACAGCAGCUCGGAAGAAUCAGAUUCGGAGGAGGAAGAGGAAGAGGAGGAGGAAGAGGAGGAGGAGGAAGAAGAAGAGGAGGAGGAGGAAGAAGUGGAGGAAGACUCGUCAGAGUCGGACUGAUCCUCACGUCAAUCUGAUCGAGGUUCAGAUUGACGCUGUUUUGAUAAAAACUCUUUACACAGAGAAGCCGUUCAUUCCAUUGGCACUGUUCACCAAGACCUUUUAAUCAUCGGUGCCGCCGCCAUUUUCCAACAUCACCUGAUGCACUUCCUUGUCACCUGACUUUCUCAUCAUUCAUCACAUGACCUUUUCAUCAAUCAUCAACGGUCAUAGUGGUGGCAUGUCAUCUGUAAAGAAUGCUUCGAGUUCAGUCUAUUGCACAUGUUCCUCUUGUUAGUAAAUCUAUACCUUUUUUAUGGAACACAGUGUACCUUUACAACCACCCUAGAUUAUUCUUUGUCAAGUCACAUGAUGUAUAGUUUUGUCACCUGAUAUUGUUCUAUAGGAAGUGGUGUGAUCAAUUUCAUGUUGGUGCCAUUGACAUGGGUUUUGCUCAUUUUGAUAUUCAAGCUCGGAAUUAAGCAUUUCAUAUCACAUUUAUCUUGGUACAGUUUUUGACUCUCUUUCUAUGCUUAGAUUAAUAACGUUUUAUUCUUUUUUUUAUAUUUUUAUUGAUAUCUUUCUCUACACGACAAAGUGUCUCGCAACUAUAUGUCUACUCCUUUAUUACCUUUUUUUUCAAGGGCCUCAUGGGACACGAGUUAGAUUUUCAGCGCAUCAACUAAUUAGAGAUGCAUGGUAGAGUUAUUCACAUGUAUAUUUAUGUAAUCGAUUCUUAAGUGAAUUUCUUGCCCACAAGGCCAGUAUCUGCAUUGAAAGGAAUGAAAUGAUGCAAUUUACCACCGAAAAUAGAUAGGCUUUGUGUGUCCUUUUUGAUAAUUCUGGACUAGUGCUGGAUGAUAACAGUCGAAAUAAGAGAAAUGACAGAUAUUAAAACCAAACCAGGGCCCCGUCUUACAAAGAGUUGAUAUCAAUUGCAACUAUGUACAUAUAAGAGAUUGGAGACUGCAAACUUGCGAUUGAUUUGGAUCAAUCACAACUCUUUGUAAGACGGGCCCCAAUCCUAUAUUCGAUAUCUAGGUAUCAGCAGGUCACAAAGAAGAUUUUGGACCCAGCGCAAAUCUGCACAGAACUCCUUUCAUCGUAGAGAGACAGAAGGGCGUUAUAUUCAUUCUUUAACACAGAGUUCAGCAGUUCACGUCUUUCUGGCUUUUAACAAACAAUAUCUGCAAUGAUCAGUUCAGUUUCGAACAAUAGCUCUAAAGUCUUUCCUCAAAAUAAAAUGAAUUAAAAAAAAGCAUGUCUGACAUUUUAAAGUGGCACUUGUAACUGACUGUACAUACAAGAAUGUUGAAAAUUAUUUAAUAACAAGGACCAAACCUGUUGAUCACGUCAACGUUACUGCAUGAAUAUUAAUUGUGUGUAAUAUCUGACUAGAGAGGCUCAUUCUAUCAUUUUGGAGUUUGCGUUUGAUCUUGAUUUUUGAAGCAAAUUUGUGCAACAUGGCCGCAAUCUGUUUGUGGUUCUAGCAUGUAGAUAUUAUUGAUAUUUGAACAUAUUUUCUUUUUGUAAAGACGUAAAUGGUAUUCUGAUGAAUUUAGUUACUGAAAUUUAAUAUUUUUUCUGUGAAUUGAAGAUUGACUCUUUGUAAAUUUUUGAAAAGCAAUUUUUUAUAUCAAGCAAAAGCAAGCAGACUCUCGAAUCAAUUUGAUCUUUCUGUAUUAUUUCUCUCCUUUUCUUUUUUUUUGUCAGGGAAUAUAUGUGUGCAUGCUGGGUAUGAAAUAUCUACAAUUUUUUUUCCCUUCUCUUUUUCAGAUAUUUAUAGCACAUUAUGAUUUAUCAAUUUUUUCUUAGUGUGAAUUAGUAGAGUUUGUUGACCAAGAAAGUUUAGAGGUUUCUUAUAGUAUAGUGUCAUAAAAUGAUCCUUCUUUUGAUCAAAUCAUCAAUUAAUGGUCAAAAUGGUAUUUAUUUUGUGCUGUCAUUUUUGCAAUUAACUAACAUUCCACCAUAUAUAAUGCUUAAGAUCAGUUUAAGAUAACUAUUAACAUAUACAACUAGGCUUUAUCACAUAAUGAUAAAGAGUAGUGUUUUUAUGACCACUUGUUUACUUAGAAUUAAAAGUUUCAGAAGUUUUUGUUUAAGGGGGGGGGGGGGGGGGUCGGAGGGGGUAUAGACUUAAAAUAACAGCUCAGUUAUCAACUUUUUGUCAACGUAGUGAAGAUGUACAGUACAAAAGGUGUUUAUAAACAUAUUUCAGACAUCUUUUUUUCUUAAUAAGGGAAACACACAUCUUUCUGAAGUGUUCUUGUUCUAAUUUAACAAAAAUAUUCAGAUUGGAAUGGCAUCAUAUCCAGUAUGUAUAGGUGAGCGCACUGGAAGAUGAGACUGUUUUGUCCUUUUGUUUCGAGAUGCAAAUUAAAUAGUAUCGUGCUGCUAGGUUUUGUGUGGAAAUGCGAAGUCUUGUCAGCAUUAAUUACUACAUGUCACAGUGUGAAAGAUAUUUCAGGAUUUUUCAUCUAUCUUGAUGAUAAACGAUUGUCCAUCUUGCAACAUUCA